AUGGGGGUAAUGGGUUCUCCUUUAGGAGGACCUCCAUGGGAUCCAGCAGCAGCAGCAGCAGCUGCAGCAGCAGCAGCAGCAGCAGCAGGACCUGCACCAGGUCUACCACCAGGACCACCUGGUAUGCCAUUUCCCCUUACGCCAACCCCUCCAGUAGCAGCAACACCACCACCAACAGCAGCAGCAGCAGCAGCAGCAACAGCAGCAGCAGCAGCAGCAGCAGCACCGAUGUCUGUAGAACAAUAUGUAGAUUUUGCUAAGCAGCAGUAUACAGCACAUUAUUUUCAAUCUGCAUUUGCUGCUGCUGGCUGCAGCAACCCGCAGCAAGCUGCUGCUGUUGCUGCUGCAGCAAUGCAGCAGCUAGAAGCAAAUGGUUUCUUUGAUUCCCUUCGUAACUCUUAUGGGCAGCAGCUGGCACAGAUGCAGCAGCAGCAGCAGCAAGCUGCUGCUGUUGCUGCUGCUGCUGCUGCUGCUAACCAAAUCUCUCACCCAUGGAGACAACAACAGCAGCAACAACAGCAACAGCAGCAAGCUGCUGCAACAACUCCCGUGCCCCCGUGGCAUCAGCAGCAGCAGCAGAAUACAGCCAAUUCAGCAGCAGCAACAACAGCAGCAGCAACAGCAGCAACAGCAGCAACAGGACCUAAGAAGCAGCAGCGUCUUAGUAUUGUUAUUAAGUCUCGCACUCUGCCUACCCAACCUGCUGCUAGUAGCACUCCUGCUGAUGCCGCAGCAGCGGCAGCAGCUGCAGCUGCAGCAGCAGCAGCAGCAACACCUGCCUCUGGAUCUGCUGCAGCAGAUAGUUCUCCUGCUGCUGCUGCUGCUGCUGCUGCUGCUGGGCAGCAGAAGCCAAGACCUCUGCGCAAGCGGCGCUUUGAUGUCUUAGGUACAGGAGCAACUGCAACAGCAACCCCACAGCAGCAGCAGCAGCAGCAGCAACAGCAGCAGCAGGCCCAACAGCAGCAACAGCAACAGCAACAGCAACAGCAGCAACAGCAGUUAGCAAGUCCGCAGCAGCAGCAGCAGCAGCGGCAGCAGCAGCAACGCGAUUUUGCUGAAUUUGCAGGUUGGGUAAAUCGCCUUUACGCACACCACUCGGCAGAUCCAGACACAGCAGCGCAGCAGCAGAAACAGCAGCAGCAGCAGCAGCAACUGGAGCAACUGCAGCAACUGCAGCAAUUGCAGCAACGUCAGCAGCAGCAUCAUCAUCAUCAUCGUAGUGACGAUCUAGAUGAUGAUGAAGACAGCAGCAGCAGCAGCAGCAGCAGCAGCAGCAGCAGCAGCUAUAUAUCCCUUAAGGGAGCAGAGAAGAAGAAAUGGCUAAAGAAAGCAGAAGCAGCAGCAAGAAAAGCAGCAGCAGCAGCAGCAGCAGCAGCAGCAAAUGCUAACAGAAAUAAAAAUAAAGAGUAA